GCCUCACCGAGGACCCCGGGCUGGGCGCCGCCGCCGGCUCUUCUACUCCUUCCCUCAGUCUCCUCCUUUCAACCUUGUUCCCCUCGUCCGCGCGGCCUCUGGUGCAGCGGCGCCGCCUCCCGUUCCUGCCGCAGCUCUCAUCCCUUCUUCCCUCCCUGGCAGCUCCCCGAGUUCGCCCGCCAUGGCUUUACUCACUGCGGCCGCCCGGCUCUUCGGAGCUAAGAAUGCAUCCUGUCUUGUUCUCGCUGCCCGGCAUGCGAGUGCUUCUUCCACGAAUUUGAAAGACAUAUUGGCUGAUUUGAUACCUAAGGAGCAGACCAGAGUUAAGACCUUCAGGCAGCAACAUGGCAAGACAGUGGUGGGCCAGAUCACGGUGGACAUGAUGUACGGUGGCAUGCGAGGCAUGAAGGGAUUGGUAUAUGAAACAUCAGUUCUCGAUCCUGAUGAGGGCAUCCGAUUCAGAGGCUACAGCAUCCCUGAGUGCCAGAAGCUGCUGCCGAAGGCUAAGGGUGGGGAAGAGCCCUUGCCAGAGGGCUUGUUUUGGCUGCUGGUAACUGGACAGAUCCCCACAGAGGAACAGGUAUCUUGGCUCUCACAGGAGUGGGCAAAGAGGGCAGCCCUGCCUUCGCAUGUGGUCACCAUGCUGGACAACUUUCCCACGAACCUGCACCCCAUGUCUCAGCUGAGCGCGGCGGUGACAGCUCUCAACAGCGAGAGUGGCUUCGCCCGAGCGUACGCAGAGGGCAUCAACCGAGCCAAGUACUGGGAGCUGAUUUACGAAGACUGUAUGGAUCUGAUCGCAAAGCUUCCUUGUGUCGCAGCAAAGAUCUACCGGAAUCUGUACCGAGAGGGCAGUGGUAUCGGGGCCAUCGACCCCAAGCUGGACUGGUCCCACAAUUUCACCAGCAUGCUCGGCUAUACUGACGCUCAGUUCACGGAGCUCAUGCGCUUGUACCUCACCAUCCACAGUGACCACGAAGGCGGCAACGUUAGUGCCCACACGAGCCACCUGGUCGGCAGCGCCCUUUCAGACCCCUAUCUGUCCUUCGCGGCAGCCAUGAACGGGCUGGCGGGGCCCCUGCACGGACUGGCAAAUCAGGAAGUGCUUGUUUGGCUGACACAACUUCAGAAGGAAGUUGGCAAAGAUGUGUCAGAUGAGAAGUUACGAGACUACAUCUGGAACACACUCAACUCAGGACGGGUUGUCCCCGGCUACGGCCACGCGGUGCUGAGGAAGACUGACCCGCGGUACACCUGUCAGCGAGAGUUCGCGCUGAAGCACCUGCCUCAGGACCCCAUGUUCAAGCUGGUCGCACAGCUGUACAAGAUCGUGCCCAACAUCCUCCUGGAGCAGGGCAAGGCAAAGAAUCCUUGGCCCAAUGUGGAUGCUCACAGCGGAGUGCUGCUGCAGUACUACGGCAUGACGGAGAUGAAUUACUACACAGUCCUGUUUGGGGUCUCACGGGCACUGGGCGUGUUAGCACAGCUCAUCUGGAGCCGAGCCCUGGGCUUCCCUCUAGAGAGACCCAAGUCCAUGAGCACAGACGGUCUGAUGAAGUUUGUGGACUCUAAGUCAGGGUGAAACUGAGGGCGGGGAGGAAAGUAUCCACCAGAGAGUGAGGGAUCUUUUAAAAAAAAAAGUAUACUUUUGUUUUGGGGCUUUUAAAGACUUAAGAUUAAAUUGUAUCUGAGGCACUGAUGAUAGGUUUGGAGUUAAAAUAUAAAUUAAGAUUUUUUUAAAGAAGAAAAGUAACCCCUUCUUCCCCAACCAGCUCCUCUGCCCGGCCUGGUAUGAGUUGCCCAUCAACUGUAGGAUGACCAGGACUAAUGCAUGUAGUGUGGGUCAGGUUUGCCCUCAGCCCCACCUUCAGAGUGAGAAUCUGGCUCCUCUUUCCCCAGGUCAAAGCUGGUUGCAGAGAAUCUGCCGUCACUUCAGAGCUUCUGGUUCUCCUGUGUCCACCCUUUAAUAGGCCUGCCCCUCCUGUUCCCAUAGGAAUCAGUUGGACUGCCAGCUGCGCUGAGCCCCGUUAGCCUCCCCCGUGCACACAGACACCUCCUAGCAAGAUCUCUUGGUGAUGCUGUGGCUUUUUUUUUUAAGCUACCAGAUGAUUAUAAAGGCCAUGGUAUUUGUUGUGACUGGCAACCAAUAUUUGGUUUUUAUUUUUAUUUUUUUAAAUUAUCCUAUUAAAAUUAAGAUCUAGGAGUGUUCUAUUCCCCAUUACUUGAAUACUCACCUCUUUCCAGAUUUUCUGUACCUGCUGCACCUCAGGCCAAGGUUGCUGCGGACCUUCCUGUCUCGGGCCUUCCUAGAGACCUCUCUUCAGCAGGCACAUACAGCACUGUCUAAUGCGUGCUCGUUCCUAGUUAUUUGGCUUCAUCAGUGCUUAAUGUGAACUAAGUUUUUACUUCCUUGGAACACAGACCGCUACCCUCUGACCUUUUUUUCCCCUUUAAUAUGCUGUGGGCUGUAAAACAGGGACUUAGGAAUGACCAGCAUGAUAUUUUCAUGGCCUGAUCCCAGGAGUACUAGUACCUCUUUCUGAACAGGGAAAUGAUUUUUAAGAUCAGACAUGGUCUCUUUUGACUAUCAGGUGCUGGGGCUGAGGACAUUAAAAAUAGUAAAACUCCCUCCUCAUCCCCUGCCACAAGCCAAUAUCCCUUUAUUUAUCAAGGUCCUUAUCCUGUCCCUUCCCCAAGAGCUCACAGUACACUGUUUGUUUUAGAAGCCCCAUAUGCACAGGUUUCAAGUGACUCAGAAGGUUCUGCCUUUUUAAGAAAGGAUUAAAAAUACACUCCUGCUGUGCCCCCUUCCUCCCUUGCAACUCCUGCCUGUUUGUGUGGAUCCCUAAUCCCCGGAACCAUGCUGUUGAGAGGGAUAAUACUGUCUGUAAACCCUUGGGUAACUGUCACGAUGCAGACUUCAGGUUGUUCUGUAUAAAAUGCAAAAUAAAUGUUUUUAUUAACAAUG